CUCCACAUCCAUUUUCCAUAAGAUCAGAAAUUCGCAAUCCAUUUAAAGAAAAGAGAAAGUAGCUUGAGAGAGAUAAUGGCAGGAAUGAUGAAUAAGAUCGGAGAGACCCUCAAGGGAGGCAACAAGGAGGAGGACAAGAACAAGGCGGAGCACCACGUCGGAGGUCAGAACAAUCCGGGGCAGUAUGGCGGAGGUCUGCACAAUCAGGGGCAGCAAGGCGGAGGUCUGCACAAUCAGGGGCAGCAAGGCGGAGGUCUGCACAAUCAGGGGCAGUAUGGCGGAGGUCAGACCAAUCCGGGGCAGUAUGGCGGCGAUACGAAGCCGGUGCAACAAAGUGGCCAGCCCCCCAAGGAAGGAAUAUUGGAUAAGGUCAAGGACAAGAUCCAUGGCGAUGGCCAAGUCAAAGGCGAGAAAAAGAAGAAGGAGAAGAAGAAGCACGAGGACGGUCAUGAGAGCAGCAGCGACAGCGAUUAGAUAUCUCCGCUUCUACGCUCCUAUCUAGCUAGGUGGAUGGAGUGGCGUGGAAGGAGUUUUUUUUUUAAAGUUCUUAGUGUUGCCAAAAUAAAAACAGAAAAGAAAAACGUUUCAGUAGCUACUUCAUAACAGUAUUAUUAUGGAGUGUUACUAUGGAGUGUUAUGUAUACGCAAGAAUGAGUGAGUGAAUGUAAUGCCUAGUAUGUUAUCUUAGUUUUAUAUUGUGCUAAUAAUAUCGUGUUUCUGUAUUAUUGGAUA